CAGCCGGUGAAAGUAGAUUUUCACGUUGGAGAAGUGCACGAUUUUAAACCGUUUUUGUGUCUGACUGUUAAACUGACUGUUUCUUAGGGAAAAAAUGGGCGACACCGUUGCUGAGUACACGUCUCGACUUCAAAAUCAGGAAAGUGAAAUCAAAUUACUCCAAGAUGAAAUGGAGAGACUGAAAGAUCCACAGGGGAUGAACUUCUCAUCUUCACAACUGGACGAGUUGAGGGAGGAGAAUACCCGUCUGAAAUACCGCCUAAACAUCCUGAAAAAAAGUUUACAGGAAGAAAUGUGCCAAAAUGGCAAGACAAUGAUGAACAUCAACCAGGGCUUGCAGCAGAUCUUUGGGGAAGCCAUCAGUACUGCCUACCCUGACCUGGAGAACUCUCCACUGGCAGUCACUCCCAACCAGCAGGCAAAGUUUGGGGAUUACCAGUGUAACAGCGCCAUGGCAAUGUCUCAGAUGAUGAAAGCUAAGGGACUGAAGGUCAGUCCCAGAGAGAUAGCAGAAAAGAUUGUCCAGAACAUUCCUGACAAUGAGUUAAUCGAGAGGACAGAAAUUGCAGGGCCAGGGUUUAUCAAUAUUCACCUCAAGAGAAUGUUUGUUUCCAAACUUCUCACAAACCUGCUUGUCCAUGGAGUUCAGCCACCACCUUUGGAAAAGAAAAAGAAGGUAAUCGUGGACUUCUCUUCACCUAACAUUGCCAAAGAGAUGCACGUUGGUCACUUGCGUUCCACCAUUAUUGGAGACAGCAUGUGUCGACUCUUUGAGUUUCUGGGUUACGAUGUGCUACGGUUGAACCAUGUUGGAGACUGGGGGACACAGUUUGGGAUGCUCAUUGCUCAUUUGCAAGACAAGUUCCCAAAUUAUCUUACUGUUUCCCCACCUAUCGGUGACCUUCAGGCCUUCUACAAAGAGUCUAAAAAGCGGUUUGAUGAGGAUGAGGUGUUUAAGAAGAGGGCAUACCAAUGUGUGGUUAAACUACAGAGCAAAGAGCCAGACUUCAUCAAAGGCUGGAACCUCAUCUGUGAGGUUUCCAGAAAAGAGUUUCAGAAGGUCUACAACUGCCUAGAUAUCCGCAUAGAGGAGCGAGGAGAGUCAUACUAUCAGGACAUGAUGACAGAUGUGGUGAAAGUGUUUGAGGAGAAAGGUCUGGUGGAACUGGACGAGGGCAGAAAGAUAGUGUUUGCUCCAGGCCAGUCUGUUCCCCUGACCAUUGUUAAAUCCGAUGGAGGCUACACUUACGAUACCUCUGAUCUGGCUGCCAUCCGAAAUCGUCUGUUUGACGAGAAAGCUGACAUCAUCAUCUACGUGACUGACAGUGGACAGGCAAUGCACUUCCAGGUGAUCUUUGCUGCUGCUCAGAUGAUUGGCUGGUAUGACCCCAAGGUCACACGUGUAGAACAUGCAGGUUUUGGCGUAGUGCUCGGAGAGGACAAGAAGAAGUUUAAAACUCGUUCAGGAGACACGGUUCGACUUAUGGACCUUCUAGAUGAGGGUCUAAAAAGAUCUAUGGACAAACUAAAGGAGAAGGAGAGAGAUAAGGUGUUGACCCAGGAAGAGUUGGUGCAAGCUCAGCGUUCUGUGGCCUUUGGUUGCAUUAAAUAUGCAGACCUAUCAAAAAACCGCAUCAAUGACUACAUCUUUUCCUUUGACAAGAUGCUCGAUGACAGGGGAAACACAGCGGCCUACCUCCUCUACGCCUUCACCCGCAUCAGGUCUAUAGCUAGACUGGCUAAUAUCAAAGAGGCCACCCUGCGUAAAGCAGCCAAGACCACAGAAGUCUUACUUGAUCAUGAAAAGGAGUGGAAACUGGGGAAGUGUAUCCUGCGCUUCCCAGAGAUUCUGCAGAAGAUCACAGAUGACCUGCUACUCCACACGCUCUGUGAUUACCUAUAUGAACUGGCCACCACCUUCACAGAGUUCUAUGACAGCUGCUACUGUGUGGAGAAGGACCGGCAGACAGGGGAAGUUGUCAAAGUCAACAUGUGGCGGAUGCUCCUCUGUGAAGCCACAGCAGCUGUGAUGCACAAAGGCUUUGACAUUCUGGGUAUCAAUCCAGUUCAGAGGAUGUGAACUGGUCAAUGCCUCCCUUUUCUGAACAUGAGACCUUUUUCCGAAACAUCAGUGUCCCCAUGGAUUUUUAUGAUAUGCCAAAUAAAACUCGUUUGACUGCCCAGUUUUUGCUUCCUGUUAAUUUUUUCAUAAAUGUCAGACUAGCCUUCUGGACCUUGAAGAACCGCCAAAAAUUCUGUCAAAGCCAUUUUCCAAAGCAACUUAAGUUGCUUGCCACUUCUGGAGCAUCCAGUGAUUGGUAUGCUUGGUUUGACUCUUUUUAUAAUGACUUUCAUUAUGGUCAGGCAAAAUGGAUGAGUUAACUUAUCUUUGGUUUAUGACCUUUACUCUUUUUUUUUUUUUUUUUUGGUUGUAUUAUUCCUCAAUAUGCAUAAAACAUUGUUCUUCUUAGAAAGUAAUUUCUUAAUGUGUUUUUUUUUAUUCACUGGUGUAUUGCUGUAUCCACUUUGCCUUUUGCCAGGGGCUUUCAGUGAAUUAUUUAAUUUGAGAUAAAGUAACUUAUUUCAUUUAAGGUUUUUAAUAGAGUUCAGUGUUUUCCUUGCUCUCGCAAUAAGGAUUAACUGAAUUGGGAGUGAUAAAUGCAGCAUCCAAGCCUGAUAAUCUGUAUAAAGAUUAAGUGGAAUGAUAUAAUUCACUCAUUGCAUCACUGGGUAUUUACUCAUUGGAUGCACUGCAACCUGGACAUUCUUGAUAAUUUUAGGUCUGAGAUAUAAAUGAUAGAUCCGAACACAAUUAAUUACUUGUUUGACUCUUGGUAAAUACAUUAGUUUGUUCUAACAUAUUUUAGGGCAAAGUAGCCCACUUUAACAUGCAAUAUGUGCUUUCAACAACAAAAGAAGUCCACCUGUAUUUAAAGGGUUUACAAUUUUGGCUUAUGAGUUGAAAAACAUUAAUGUACAGCCCAACGUUCCCUUUGUUGGAACUUUUUAAGUAAACAUGUUCUCAAAAAAUAAACUACAAAACGAUGACUUCCCCAUACCAUAAGAUUUCUGGUAUUAAAAGGACAUUUUAAGACCCUUUCAUAUGACUUGUGUCAGCGUUAGUCAAUGCACUGAACUCUGAGUGAAGCUUUAGCUUCAGCGUGCCCCCAGCGUUUCACUGCACAGUGUGGUCCACUAACUAUAACUGUUCCCCCAUUUGUUGCUGGCUUUUCAAAACAGCAAUUUUGGUACCAGUUUUGGUUUCCAGUGACGGUUCUAACUUUACAGGCAUUUUUGUUGUAAUUUUUCUCUUUCUUGUUAUUGUAAAAUGUAUUGUCAUGUCACUUUAAAAAAAA